GUUUUAACGGUGUGGUUGUCGAGGCGGUUACCACGGGGAUCAUUGCCAUGACCGCCACCACGGCAACCGCUAACGAGCUGUGAGGCAGAGCAGGCUCAGGUUGCCGGUUUGGUGCCGGGGGGCCCAGGAGCCAGGCAGCAGGAGAGACGAUGAGGAGGAAAAGGAGAAGCUGUGAGAGAUUUGAGUUUGAAACGUCAGCUGAGAGGAAGCGAGGAGAGGAAGAGGAAAGCAGAAGUGACCGGCUCUGAGGACGACGGUUCUGCAGAGUUUCUCCUGCCGGGUUUGGACCUUCAUGCUUCAGUGAGUCCGUCUGGUUCCCCCUGGGUCCGGAGAUUUGUUUGGGUUUCAGAGAGGACGGAUGAGCAGCUGAAGGUUGACGGAUCAUCUGACCCUCUGAUCAGAACCGGGCCUCGCUGGCGGCCAUGGCGGCCCGACUACUCCUCCUCUUCCUCUCCCUCUCCCUCUUCCUGUUCGUCUCCAUGGCGAUCGGAGACGCUCAGUUCCCGUCCGGACAGCGGAUGAAGCCGCGCAUCCAGAGAGACAGACGCAACAUCCGGCCGAACAUCAUCCUCAUCCUGACGGACGACCAGGACGUGGAGCUCGGAUCCAUGCAGGCCAUGAACAAAACGCGCCGCAUCAUGGAGGAGGGCGGGACCUUCUUCUCCAACGCCUUCGUGACCACGCCCAUGUGCUGCCCGUCACGUUCGAGCAUGCUCACUGGGAAGUACGUCCACAACCACAACACCUACACCAACAAUGAGAACUGCUCGUCGUUGUCGUGGCAACGCCAGCACGAACCGCGGACCUUCGGCGUCUACCUCAACAACACGGGAUACCGAACAGCUUUCUUCGGGAAGUACCUGAACGAGUACAACGGGUCGUACGUUCCCGCUGGGUGGAGGGAGUGGCUGGGCCUGGUGAAGAACAGCCGCUUCUACAACUACACCCUGAGCCGCAACGGCGUCCGGGAGAAACACGGAGCGCAGUACCCUCAGGAUUAUCUGACCGAUCUGAUCACAGCCGAGUCCAUCCGCUAUUUCCGCUCCUCGAAGCGGAUCUACCCGCACCGGCCUGUCCUGAUGGUUCUGAGCCACGCCGCGCCACACGGACCCGAAGACUCGGCGCCGCAGUUCAGCAACGCCUUCGCCAACGCAUCACAGCACAUUACUCCCAGUUACAACUACGCCCCAAACCCAGACAAGCACUGGAUCAUGCGCUACACGGGCCCCAUGAAGCCCAUCCACAUGGAGUUCACCAACGUGCUGCAGAGGAAGCGGCUGCAGACGCUGCUGUCUGUGGACGACAGCGUGGAGCAGCUCUUCAACAUGCUGGUGGAGACGGCAGAGCUGGAGAACACCUACAUCAUCUACACGUCCGACCACGGCUACCACAUCGGGCAGUUCGGCCUAGUUAAAGGUAAAUCCAUGCCGUAUGAGUUUGACAUCAGAGUCCCGUUUUACAUCAGAGGACCGAACGUGGAGCAAGGCGGCAUAAACCCCCACAUGGUCCUGAACAUCGACCUGGCUCCCACCAUCCUGGACAUCGCGGGCCUGGACACGCCGCCGGACAUGGACGGGAAGUCCAUCCUGUCCCUGCUGGACACGGACAAACCUGCCAACAGGUUCCAGGUCAGCAGGAAGCCGAAGGUGUGGAGAGACUCGUUCCUGGUGGAGAGAGGGAAGUUGCUGCACCAGCAGGUGGAGGGGAAGGAGGUUUCUCAGGAGGAGAACUUCCUGCCCAAACACCAGCGAGUCAAAGACCUGUGUCAGAGAGCCGAGUACCAGACGCCCUGCCAGCAGACCGGACAGAAGUGGCAGUGUGUGGAGGACGCGUCCGGAAAACUGCGGCUCUUCAAGUGCAAGAACGAAGGGGGCGGAGCCAAGGUCUUCCAGAGGGGCGUGGCCAGCCUCCAGCAUCCAAUCAGCAUCAAGUCUCAGCUGUACGCUCCCAACCCGGACGCCUGCAACUGCGACUUCAGCGACCUCCUGCCCUCGAGCCUCCGGCCCUCCGUGACGACGUCGUUCAAGAACAAGUCCUUCUUCUCCAAGAAGAAGUUUAAAACCCUGAAAAGCUUCUCAAGGAACCGCUACAGCCGCUCGCUGUCCGAGCUGAACGGUUACCCUGGCAACCAGACCCUGGUGGGCGGAGCCAGUCAGAAUGAACCCGAGGACGAGUUCAGCGGGAUGGGAGGAGUUACCGAUGCACCGGCGCCAUCUAGCGCUGUCAGAGUGACUCACAGGUGCUCCAUCCUGUCCAACGCCUCGGUGAAGUGCGACACCAGAGUUUAUAAAUCUCUGCAGGCCUGGAAAGACCACAAGCUGCACAUCGACCACGAGAUCGAGACUCUGCAGACCAAGAUCAAGAACCUGAGAGAGGUCAGAGGUCACCUGAAGAAGUCCCGCCCCCUGGAGUGCGACUGCAACAAGUACCUGUACAAAGCCAAACUGAAGAAGAAGCUUCGCUUCAGAGGAGGAGGCCUUCAUCCCUUCAGCAGGAAGGGCGGGGCCUGGAAUAAGAAGAGCUGGCUUCAGAAGGAGCAGAAGAGGAGGAAGAAGAUGAGGAAGAUGAUCAAGAGGAUCAGGAACAACGACACGUGUUCGAUGCCCGGACUCACCUGCUUCACACACGACAACCAGCACUGGCACACCGCCCCCUUCUGGACAUUGGGAUCGUUCUGCGCCUGCACCAGCGCCAACAACAACACCUACUGGUGCCUGAGGACCAUCAACGAGACGCACAACUUCCUGUUCUGUGAGUUCGCCACUGGAUUCCUGGAGUACUUCGACCUGAGCACCGACCCGUACCAGCUGAUAAACGCCGUCAGCUCGUUGGACCGGACGGUUCUGAACCAGCUGCACGUCCAGCUGAUGGAGCUCAGAGGCUGCAAGGGUCACAAGCAGUGCAAUCCUCGCACGCGCUCAGUAGAGCUGGCAGGAGGGCGGGCUCAUGGUGGCUUUGGUGACUACAGGCUGUUUGAGAGGAGGAAGUGGCCAAAAGUGAAGAAGCCUUCAUCAUCCCGAACGCUAGGUCCGAUCUGGGACGGAUGGAAGGGAUAAGCUUCCUGAUUGGCUGACACCGGCUCCAGACUCCACCCACCACAGCCGUCUGAAACAGGAAGGCGUGGCCAUGGAGGUGACAUCACAGAUCGACCGCCACGCCCCUGUGUCGGCGGUCAGCCAAUCACCUUCUGCUACUUUUGUGACAUCACUGGGAGGAAACGCUGGACGCGCCUCUUCAUCAUCUGCUCCUCCCUCCUCUUCCUCCUCUCCGUCGGGCUGCUGCUGUCGCUCCGAGGAGGAAGAGGAGGAAGAGGAGGCUGAGGCAGGAGGAGCAGGAGCAGGAGGAGAACAGGGAAAGGAAACAUUUAGAAAGCAUCGCUGUUAAAGUCGCAUCUUCCCAGAUAAAUUCCUCCUUAUUCUUGUCUGAUUUUGAAUUAAAUUUGAGAAAAUUUCUUCUUUUUAAAAAGUUGAGUCAGAAUCCUUCCUCCUCCUCUUCCUCCCAUCGGCCGCCUUCAUCUCGUGUUUUUGUAUUUAGUUUGUCUGCGAGGCGCUGAAGGACCGCUUUGUGUUUGACGUCGCCACUAAUGUGGUCAUGUGAUUUCCUCCUUUAACUUCACUGUUGGUUACCAUGGUGACCGACAGCAUUACUAACCCACGGCGCGCCACCGCCGCGAGAAGACGACGAGAACAUUUCUGAUUGGAGGAGGAGUUCCUGACGUCUCGUGAGCCAAUCAGAGACAGGACUCUGUUUUUGUGUGUGUUUGAUUUUUAACCGUGCAAUCACCUUCCUCCUCCUCCUCCU